UACCAAACAUGAUCAUUUCUUUUAAAACACCUCUAUUUAUACCUUUAUAUGGGAAAAUAACUAGCACGUAAAAACUAGAUGUGUUAAGCUCCAUAAUCCACAGAUUCGCAGUCGGAGAUGGCAACUGAUGCAGAUAUUCCAUUACCUGUAAAUGAAGCAAGAGAGGAGCAAGUUGGACUUCCUAUAGUUGAGGGUGAGCAUUUUUUAAAAUCACCCUCGACUGACGAGGUUGCAAAUAACAUUGCACCCAAUGUCAGUAAGCUCGUUGAAAAGACGUUCGCGGAAAAAAGCCAGCAGAAUGCUGAAGAAUCCAUCAGCAAGGAUGGAGACGGAAACAGAGGUGUGGUACCAGAAAAAUGCAGCACGGAUCCAUCAGUUGUGACCUCAGAUAUGAAAGUGGGAGAUACAGAUGAUGAUCCUUGUACAGAAGGUGCAAUAGCGGUGACUCAGCUAUCUAAAGAGACGAGCAGCGAUCAUCAUGGCGCGUAUGAUUCCCUUACGAAGGAGAUAUUAGUGGAAUCUAGUCUCCCUAGCAAAGAAGCCGAGUCUCAUACACCUUGCAUCUCAGAAGGAGAUCAUAACGUCCCAAAGCUUGUAGAGAAUUCUGAGGAGAGCUCACCAGUCCGAGUUGAAGAGUCACAGGUUGUACGUGAUGAGCAUUUUAAAGAGGAGAGUGAGAGGCUGCCAUUGACAGAAGUAUCGACUGGGGAGACCAAUGAAAACAUCGUCCUAGAAGCCACAGAUAAUGUGAAAGACAAGGAUAAAGACCUCAAAGAGGAGCAAAGCAGAAAUGAUACUCUGCAUGGAGACACAAACAAGGCAGAGGAUGCAACAAUCAAUGCAAAUGAUGGACAAAAGGAGAGUGUUGAGGGUUUUCCAGCAAUUGUUUCCAGCUCUCACAAAGAGGGAAGCAUAAAUGCAGAUCUACAAGAAGCCAUGGGUGACCAUAAGGAUGGAAAAAUAAGUGACGAGGUUGACAAUCACAAGGAAAUUCUUGAGAAUCUCUCAAGUGGUGAAGGCCAUUGUAAAUUGACAAACAUUUCACCUGAUAUCAGUAAGGAUAGUGAAAAGACAGAUCAAACAUUGAGAGAUGGCUCUGAUACUUUUGUUGAUCGACCAGUAGAAUUGGCCAUAACUGAAGAGACACAUGUGAAAGUAAUCCAAAGGAAUGCUGAAGAAUAUAACAGCACUGACAAAGAUGGUGGUAGAGAUGUGAUACCAGAGGUGUGCAGUAUCGAUUCAUCUGUUGCGACCUCAGAAACAAAAGUGGGAGAUACACUUGUUUAUCCUGAUAUGGACGACACUGAGGUGGCGACUAAGCUGCCUAAAUACACAAGCAGUGAUAAUCAUGGCAUAAAUGAUUCCUCCACCACAGAUGUAGCACUUACAGAGGAGAUAUUACAGGAAGCUGACCUAGUGAGCAGAGAAACUGAGUCUCGUACGCCUUGCAUCUCCGAAGGGGAGGAGCCAAAUUUCCAAGUGAAGACAAUAGAUAACAAAUCUGUGGAUGAGAAACCAACAGAAGAGGACAUUCCAUGUAUUAUCAGAAAUGAAGUCUCUAAGGAAGGGAAUUCUGACCACAAUAAGAGUACCUCAGAACAGGAUGAAUUAGAAAAUGAAAGAAGUGUUGAAAAUAGUACAUCUGGAGAAACCAUCAUCGCACUUGAGAAUUCAAAUGCCAACGAGCUACAGAGCAAGAGGGACUUAAACUCGUCACUCUCUAAGGAAGAAGAAAUGGAUCUACAGAAAAGUGUCGAGCCUGUGACAACGCCAGAAGACUAUGGAGUUCCCUCAGAGAAGACUUUGAGUGAGAGCCAUGGAGAUGUGGAAUGCAAGUCUAAAACCAUGGAAGAUGCUGCUACAGAUCAUAGAAACCCAAAGCUUGUAGAGAAGUCUGAGGAGAGCUCAGUUGUCCAAGUCACAAACUCACAAAUAGAUCAUAAUGAGGAUUUGGGAGAGGACACAGAGGGUCUGUCAUUAAAAGAAGUGUCAACAGGGUGCACCAAUGAUAACGCCUCAGCAGCCACGGGUGAAAUCAAAGGACAGAGUGAAGACGACAAAGAAGCUGAACUACCUGAAAACGAGCAAAAUACAAAAUGUACUUUGGAGAAAGAAGACAUGCAGAUAGAAAAUCUUGCAGAACUGCAUGUAGCCCUUGAAAAUAAUGAAGUUUCUAAUAUAACCCAAGGACACAACGCUGAAGUUCUUCCAGAAGAAGCAACAAGUGAUGUAGCUGAGGGACAGGACAGUCAUGAGAAUUUUCCACCAAUUGUUUCUGGUUCUCCCGAAGAGGGUAGCGUGAAUACAGUUCUCCAAGAAGUCACGAGCGAUGAUACGGUUGACAAAAUUAUUCAUGAGUCUGACAAACACAAGGAAGCUAGUGAGAAUCUGUUAACAACUGUUUCAACUGAGGAUACUGAAGGAAUCACAUUGGUUAAAAUGGAAGGUUCAGAAAAUAAAAAGAAAGAUGAUUCAGAAGAAGAAGAAAGUGAAGAGCCGCCUUUGCCUCUACUUUUGGCACAGGAAACCAGUUAUGCAUCAGUGCAAGAGGCUCGAUUUGAGGAUGGAGAACCAAAUAAAGCUGAGUUUUAUAAUGAUGAGAGGGAUACAGAAAAUACAGAAGAUGUGCAUGUCAAACCUGAAGAUACCAAAGCACCUGAUUUGGUGGACAAAAGAUCAGAGGGUGGAACAGUUGAUGCAGCAGCAGAGAGGGAAGAAACUGUAGAGAAUGUUCCAACAAUUGUUCAUUUGGAUGAAGAAAAUGAGCAAGUAUCCUCAAUAAAAGAACCAAGUGGAGCAGAAUUGUUUGAAAAGGACAAAAACUAUGAGAGUGUUUUGUUGAUGGAAGAAGUGCAAACAAUAAUAAGCGACAAAAUAACCGAUACAGGUGAAGCUGACAAGAAUGAUCUUGCACUUGAGAAUGUUGCAAUUGAAGAGAGUUUAGUAACCCAAGUGGAUUGCUCAGCAAGGGAACACGAGGAACGUGUGGAAGAGGAAAAUCAAAGUUCAUCUUUGAUAGAAGCACUAGUAGAGGAAACCAAUGCUAGGGAGUCAAAAAAUACUGAUGAACCCAAAAAUAGCGGCAAAGAGUCAAUGACACCUGAAAUGGAAAAUGAGGAGCAUACAGAAAAUAUGUAUGGGAAGGAAGAAACAGAUGUGGAGACACCUAUUGACUUCUUGCAAGUCAAGCCUGAGGAUAUUAAACAACAUGAUCCAAGUCCAGACAAAAACAAAUCCAUCGAGGAAGAAAUCACAAAUGCAGAUCCACUGGGAAUUUCAACUGACAAGGCAGAGAGAGAAUCUGUUGAUGUGGCUCACGCACAUGAGGAAAAUGUUGAGACAAAGGAUGUUGCAAAAGCUAUUCCUGAUAGUGACAAGAAAGAUAGCAUACCAAUAGAAGAAUUUGGCUCACAAAAUCCAAUGAACGAAGCUUCAUCAGGGAAUGCAAAUGGUGAGAAGUCAACAAAAGUUACUGAAGAAAGUUUGAUCAUGAAAGAAGAACCCCUCGAGUCAUUGCAAGUAGCAGAUAAGGAUAUUGAAACACCUCCUGUAUGUCGAGACAGGGAUACAAGUUCUCUACAUGAGGAAAGCCCCACUACAAAUCCUGAAACAAUCAUGGAUGAUAACAAAGAGAAGAUGCUUUAUAAUGCAACGGGGGAGGAAGAUGAAACUUCAAAGGAUAAGGGUAUUGUAGAAGAUAUUUCGGAUUGUGGCAAGGAUGAUAACAUGCCAUCUGAAGAACUUGUCUCACAAAAUCCACUUAACGGAGCUUCGGCUGGGAAUGCCAACAUCGAGGAGUCUACAGAAAUAGGUAAAGGUGGCUUGAUCAAUGAAGAAGUAUCUUUCGAGUCAUUGCAAAAGGCAGAACAGGAGAUUGAAACAGACCAUUUAAGCCGACAGAGAGAAAUAAGUUCUCCAGAUGAGCAAAGCCACAUUGUCAAUCUUGAAGGAAACGGGGAUGAUAGCAAAGAGGAGAUAGCUGCUAGUGAAACUUCUUUGGAGGGUGAAACUCUCAAGGAUAAGAAAAGUAUUGCAAAUACUACACCAUAUGAGGACAAAGAAGAUAGCAUGCAAGUCCAAGAAGAUUGCUCACAGUGGGAACAAAAUGAGAGUGAAAAUAUACCUUCUUCAGAAGCUCCAGCACUGUCCUCCAUUGAAAGUAGUCCAGUCAAAGAAGAAGAAAAAGUGGAAAUCCCCACUAAGGAGCAAAUCCUAACUGCUGAUCCACAAGAGACAAUUGAUGAAACACAGGAAAAAACUAUUGACGCUGCUGACAAAAACAAUGUAAAUUCUGAAGUAGAGGAUGUUGCGAUAAGCGCUCAAAAUGGAGACAGUGACGAUAACUCACCAGUAGAAGUGGAUGGUUUACAAGAACCUCCUUCUGAAGAAGUUCCUGCAGAAAAGAUCAAUGAUGAUGAACCAACUACUAGCCAUGAGACCAAAUUUGCAUAUGAAAACAAUGUAAAGGCCAACUUGAAUGAAGAUGAGGAAAAAACAGAAUGUGCUCUGGUAAAGGAAGAUGUGAAUAUUGAGUCAUCACAGGUAGCAGAUGAUGAUAUUAAAGGUACUUCGUCAGGUCAUGACAGAGAAGCAAACCCCUUAGACAAGCAAGCGCCAACUACAGGUUCUCAAGAAACCAUGGAUGACGAAAAAUAUGCAAAACCACUUGAUUCAACUGAUUUGAAGCAAGAAAUUCUUGAGGAUGGGAAUUGUGCAACCACUCCAGAUGAGGACACUAAAGAAGAUUCAAAAAAUCAAGCAGAUGACUUCAUACUGGAAAGCGAAGAACAAUCGGUAAAGGAUAGUGAAAGCACAUCAGUAUCAGAUACUCCAAAAGAUGACAUUACAGAAAGCAUGUUGGUUAAGGAAGUAGCAAAGGUUGAGGAUCCUAUUGACUCCUCUGAAGUGGCAACUGAGGACACCAAGGCAUUUGCUCCACGUCAAGAUGCAGAAAGUUCCAUUGUGGAGCAAAUUUUAGAUCCAACAACCAUUGAAAACGAAACUCCUAAGGACGAGAAUGUACCAACAAUUUUUCCAGAUGAGAAUUUGGAAGAGCAUUUGGAUGAAGAAAAUGAGCACGUAUCCUCGAUAAAAGAAACAAGUGGAGCAGAAUUAUCUGAAAAGAACGAAAAUUCUGAGAGUGCUUUGUUGAUGGAAGAAGUGCAGAGAGAAAUACCGGCUGAAAAUAUAAAAACAUCUGAUUUCGAUCAACAUACAAAGGAAAAGGGUAUCCUUGAGGAGAAAAUCCCAACUGAAACACAAAGAAUACCAAGUGAUGAAGAAGAGGAAACAAGAAUUGAUGCAGCUACUACCAACGAGAAAACUCAAGAAUUACAGAAUGAUUUGAAUGAGAAUAGUAACAAUGACUUGUUACUCAAAGUGGCUGCCUCAGAAUUGACACAUGAUAUAAAUUUAGAAGAGGAACCAGAAAGACCACCACUAACAGAGAUUUCAAAAAUGGAGGCCUUUGAAAACGAGUCAAUUCUGCUUGAGCCAAAAAUUAGCGAUGAACCAAGCACAGUUGAAUUUCCCAAAGAUGAGAAAAGUACAGACUACACUGCACCAAAGAAAGAGAAUUUGCAGCCAGAGGAUCAUAAAACAUCUACUUCAAGUGGUGACACAGAAACAUCUUGUUCACUUGAGGAGCCAAGCUUAGAAGAUAACUCCCAAACAAUUAUAAGAAACAAAAUAACCGAUGCAGGUGAAGCUGACAAGAAUGAUCUUGCACUUGAGGUGCCCAAAGAGGCGGAUAGUGCUGAUGUUAAAGAAGAAACAAAGGAGGAAGAAGGUUACAUCAAGGCUGUUGAAAUAACUAAUGCUGUAACAGUAGCAUCUAAUCAGAUGACAAGCAACGAGCAUGUAUCCGAUAGUACCAGCUUGGAAUCUGUGGUCUUGGAGAAGAUUAAUGAUCCAAUUGUAGGGGAAGCAAACAGUUUUAAUGACAAAACGGACUUGGAGAAAAUACCAAUAAGUGAAACUUUGGCAGAAACAGCUUCAACAGAAUGUACAGAAACAAAGGACCAACUUCCAAAUGUAGAAAAGGAAGCAGAAGUAUCUAAAAGAGAGGCAGAAAAUGACCAGAAACAUAUAAAAGAAACACUGCCUAAUGAUGCUGUUUCUUUGGACGUCCUAGAAUCAAAGGAGGUGACUGGCGAAGAAGAAGUAUCUUCAAAUAGAUGUAAGGAAAUUUCAAGCAGCCCAAUCUCUGUGGCAUCAGAGGAUGUGUCAACAUCCAAUGUGGCAUUAGAGGAAGAUUCGACAUCCAACUCUGUUACAGACCUUGAAACCAAAAAUGAAGAAGUUCCAGCAAUCAAAGAGAAAACUCCCUCAUCUGUAGAAGGACAAGAUUCUGAGAGUACAAUUGUUGAGAAAACCUCCAACUAUGCUGGUAGCUUUACUGAGAAAAGGUCAGACUCAACUGAAGUUGCAUUUACGCCUGGAGAAAACAAAGGUGGAUAUGAGUCCGAUAAAAGGAGCCUUGAAUCUAUUGCCCAAGGUCAAAUUUUCAACAUAAUGUCAGAAACAGAAGAGACAAAAGCAGAGGAAGAAGAUCUUAACACAGAAUCAGGAAUACAAUCUGACAAAGCUGUAAUAGAGGACAUAGUACAAGAAGAAACUAUGUACGAGAAAGAAAUCGUGAAGGAUGACAUUUCAAGCGAGAAGGACCAAUUAUCAAGAAUCAAGGAAGAACAUGAAGAUGUAAAAGAUUAUCAUCAAGGUUUUUGUGAGUUAGAGGUACCAGAAGUCUCUGAAGAAGCUGAUGACAAGGCUCCAGAAGACCAACAAGAAAAGACAUUUACAGAUAAAGCAAUUGAUAGAAUUCUCCACCAGGAAGAGCAAGCAACGAGAAUUGAGGAGCCCACAACUAAUAUAGACGAUGAAAAUGUCCGUGAGUUAGACAUAGGCGUGAACACAGACACUCAAGAUUCAAAUAAAGAGACUGUCCAAAUAGCAAUAAUCCCUGGGAAAGAAAGUGAGGAACAGAACAAGGAAGAUGAAAUAUACAGCUCAGAUAAACUGCAGGAAGAAGAUGAGGAAACUUUGAUACUUUCAGAAGGGGAAAGUAAGGAGGAAGCAAAAGAAACUUAUAAAGAAGCCUAUCUUGAGGCUGAGAAGUUUGAUUCAUCACCUCAAAUCAAAGAUGUAUUGAAAUGUGCAGUUAGAGAUGUUGGGCCAGACACCCAGAAAGACAAUGAAAAAUCCACAACAGGAAUUUUUUCUGAAGAGGAUUAUCCUAAAAACAUCACAAAAUGCGAAGUAUCCUCUGCUAGUGAAGAUGUUGCACUAACAGAACAACCCUCAGAGGAUGCAUCCAUCACUGCUGAACUGCAAGAAGCAAAAAAGAUAGGAGAAUGUACAGAAGGAACCCCACUGCGAACCGAAGACCAACUGGUCAAAGACAUUGCACUAGCAGAACAACCCUCAGAGGAUGCAUGCAUCACUGCUGAAGUGCAAGAAGCAAAAGCUGGGAUUGAUUUGGGAGCUGCUGUUCCAGUCCCAGGAGCAAAUGGAUCAGAAAGUCAAGAGGUGGAAAAUUUGAAUGAAAAAUGCACAGAGAUGGCCGACACCUCCACACCAGUUGAAACUUUGGCGAAUUCCACAUCAAAAAACAUAGGAGAAAGUACGGAAGGAAACCUUCUGGAGGCUGAAGACCAACAAACCAAACUUUAUGACUUGCCAGAAGAAUCAAAUAUGAGCGUUACGGAAGUGAAAACGGCAGAAAAAGAUGAUGCAGUGAAUAUUCAAAGUGCCAGGAGUAUAAGCGAGGAUGUCCAGGACCAGGAAUUAUUUAAGGAAUCCUAUGGUGUAUCAAGCAAUCAUAAUCCAGUGCAAGGAAACCCAGAAGAAAGAACAGAGACUAGUGAAGGACAGAAAACAAACCCAAUUCAAGCUGCACGGGUCUUAGAGACUCUAAAGAAAGAAAAAGAAGAACAGAAACUGGGAGGGGAUAAUGUGGACGUCCAUGAAGAAGAGAAAAAUACAUACAGUAUCCCCAGUCAGUUGGAAAGUCUCAAUGGUGCAGAUACAGAAAAGGUCCAGGAAUCAAGCAUUCAUCAAAGAUUGGUUGAGGAUACAGCUCAACAUGAGAAAAAAGAGGGAAUUCAGCAAAUUGACUCCCCUCUCUUCUUACCACAUGCCCAAUGUUCAGACAUCACCACUUCAGAAAAUGAGCCAGCACAAGAUGGAGGAUUGGGUAGCACUGGUGUAACAGAAUUGGAUGCAUCUCCUCUUUCCUUGAAAGAUAAGCAUGUUGACCUGGAAUCAGGUGAUACCAGCAGGAAUUUGAUUCCUGAGAAUCUAGAUGGUGACAAGAAUGUAUCUACAGAACAUUUCCAAGGUGAACAUGAAGUGGUGAAACCUUCUAAAGUUGAGCAAGAAGAAGAUGAAUGCGGAAAUAAGGAAAGAAAGGACCAUCAAAUGGAAAGGAAGACUGAAUCAGAAGAGACUGACAAGGCUUCCUUGUCAGAUCAGCUUCAUGUAUCUACAAGAGGAACCUCUGAGAUGGCAGAUCAUUCUCCCACAGAAAAAGAGCCAACCAGGCACACUGAAGACAUGCCUGCUCAAAACAUUGAUGAGGCUCAGCACGAAAACAUGAAAACAGAUGAGGAGAAAGAUGGUGAAGAGGAAUCACAUGAACAGAAAAAAUCAGACUUAGGUUCUGAAGCACCCGUCAUGGUUGAUAUUGGAGACGCAGACAUAAAAGUAGCUCAUAAGAAAUCUCACAACAUACUUUCAGGUGUUGGAUCAAAAGUGAAGCAUUCAAUUGCCAAGGUGAAGAAAGCCAUUACUGGAAAAUCGCCAUCUCCAAAAAAGGCGACAAUUCCAGAAAGUAAAUAAACUCAUUUCGCUUUAAAUAUAGUUUGAAGUUUUCUGAUUUAAACCAGCUCUAAGUUUUUUAUAAUUUUUUCACCUUUUUGGCUUGCUGUCAAAUGUUUGCAACAAAAUUUACAUUUAUUUUUCUAUUUUUUCGGCUUGGCUGUGUAUAUGGCUUGCAUAUCUACACACGUUCUAUAAGUUUGAAGAUUGUUGCGGAACUUCAUAUGAAGUUUGUAAUGCUAAUAAAGUUUUUUCUUGUAUCA